AUAUUGUAAGCGUGGAAGCUAUCAGGUCUGUGUUCCACAUCAUGUUUAUGGAUUUCAUCAGGUUACCCAAGGAGCAAUGGCAGAAUACAUGAUCUAUCCUAAAAAUGCCCUAGUUCACGUUAUACCACCACAGAUUGAUCCGUUCCAUGCCUGCUUUGUUGAACCUUUGGCCUGUUCAUUGCAUGCAGUAGAACUGGGAAAUAUCCAGUGGAAUGAUAUUGUUGUGGUUUCUGGCUGUGGACCUCUUGGACUAGGAAUGGUUGCAGGGGCAAAACAAAAGCAGCCAAAGGUUUGCACUCUCUAUAAGAAACAAAAAAUUAUUAAAUCGCAUAAGGAUACAAUUACCCUAUCUUUAUUAUAAAAAAUAUUUGGAAGA